UGACAGACACAAAAAAAAAAAAAAAUAGAGGUAGGUAUAUAAAAAAACACACAUCAUUGGAAAAUCAUCGCUUCACUAAGAAUCUAUUAAAUUCUAUAAUUUUUGACUGGCGGAAACCGGUGACAACCCCCUACAUAUAAAUAUUUUAUAUACCUAAUACCUAUAUCCUAGGUACUUUAUCUUAUAGUUGUUGGCAAUACUGCUGGGUGACAGUAAGAGAGGUAAUUGUGAGAGUAGGGACAGUGUGUGUUGCGGAGCGUGUGCCGCAUCUAGUGUGUAACCGUUAAGUCGGGCUAGGAGCCCUAAGCUUUAAGUUGUUAUGUUGACUAUUCAUCUUUUAAUAAUGCAAUAAAGAUUUAUGCCUAAAUACUUGUUUAGUGAUUCAUUUAAACAUUUAGAAAAUCCUGACAUAGAUAUCGUAGGUAUCGUAGGUAUAUCAUUAUAUUUAAUUUAUUGCAUAUUCGUAGGUAAUAAUAAAACGAAUGAGUUAUUACUUAUACAAAUAAUUGUAUGAGUUAUGAAAAAAAAUCCUAAUUUAACCCUUUGCAUCAUGACAAGGGAGGGAAAUAUGGAUUACCAUUGCUGCCUCCCAGGUCUAUAGUACCUAAUACCUACCUACCUACCUACAUAUCAGGUACCUAUUCAGCCAUUCAGUGUAGAUGUGUAUUACUGUACCCAUAAGAGUGUACACCACUGAUAGCGAAGUUAUACAUAUAAUAAUAUUAAGCAGGUAAUACCUAGGUACCUACCUUCUGGCUACUGUAAUAGGCAACAGUGAAGAUAAUAUAUUUGAGCGAAGCUACUCAAGAGGGCUGAGGGGAAAUCAAAAUUCAAAACAGAUAGACUUGCAGGUUAUGCUAAGUGUAUCUGCAUGCAAGUACAAUGUUAAACAAGCUAUGGAAAAUAAAUUAAUUGUACCAGACCUCAUUCCCAUUGCUCCAAAGGAAAUGUUACAAGUAUAUUAUCCAAGUGCCUUAAAAGCAGAACUUGGUAAUGAACUAACACCCACUCAGGUGAAAGAACAGCCAUCAGUUAAAUGGAAUGCAGAACCAUAUUCAUUCUAUACAUUAUGUUUAACUGAUCCUGAUGCAGGACCUAAAUUAAAAGAAUUUCACCAUUGGUUGGUAGGAAACAUACCGGGUACAGAAGUGAGUAGGGGAGAGACACUAACUGAAUAUGUCGGUUCCGCAACUCCGCCAAAAACAGGACUUCAUCGUUACGUGUUCUUAGUUUACAAGCAACCUUCAAGAUUGGUAUUUACUGAGCAGCAUAUAAAUAAUAGAACUGCCGAAACCCGUGUUAAGUUUUCAAUUCAUAACUUUGCAAAGAAGUACAAAUUAGGAACACCUGUUGCUGGUAAUUUCUAUCUAGCACAAUAUGAUGAUUAUGUUCCAAUUUUACUUCAUCAGCUAGGAGUCCAGUAAUUUAUUAUUAAUAUUGAAACCAAAUUUUAAUUUACUUGAGUAUGUACGAGUAUAUCUACACUUACAUUAUAUGUAGCAUUUUUUCAAAAAUAUAUAUAAUCAAGGUUUUACACUUAUAAGAUAUAGAUGUAACUACUUUUUGAAAAUAUUACUAUACAAUUUAAGUUUUUAAAAAAUAAAACAUUAUUUUAUUUUAA